AUGGACUGGAGUUCUCAUUUUGCGCAGAGCAAGCUGGUCUUCUACUUUUUCUUCUGGGGCACCCAUAUCACACUGUUUGCCGUCGGAUGGUACCUGCAAGCGACGGACGAGAAAUUGGCGGCUCUGAAUACGCUGAAAUUCUCCGUGUGGAUUUCACGGGGUGCGGGUCUCGCGCUGAGCUUCGAUGGCGCCUUGAUCCUCCUGCCCAUGUGCAGGAAUCUCUUACGGUUCAUCCGACCGAAGAUCAGAUGGUUGCCUCUGGACGAAUCGCAAUGGUUCCAUCGGCAGGUGGCUUAUGCCAUGCUGAUUUUUACCAUCAUUCACACUGCUGCCCACUACGUGAACUUCUUCAAUGUCGAGAAACUCCAGCUUCGCCCGGAGACCGCCAUCCAGAUCCACUAUACCCAGGCCGGCGGAAUCACGGGCCAUAUCAUGCUGCUGUGUAUGCUGCUCAUGUACACCACCGCCCACGCUCGAAUCCGGCAGCAGUCCUUUGAGACGUUUUGGUACACGCAUCAUCUCUUUAUCCCGUUCAUGCUGGGUCUUUACACCCACGCAACCGGGUGUUUCGUUCGAGAUACGGCCAAUCCCAUUUCGCCCUUUGCCGGGGCGAACUUUUGGAACCACUGCCUGGGUUAUGAGGGCUGGCGAUGGGAGCUCUGGGGCGGUGGAAUUUAUCUCUUUGAACGGCUGUAUCGCGAAAUCCGGGCGCGUCGGGAGACGGAAAUCACCAAAGUUAUCCGACAUCCAUAUGAUGCAAUUGAGAUUCAAUUCCGGAAACCGAGCAUGAAGUACAAAGCCGGCCAGUGGCUGUUCCUUCAGGUUCCCGAGGUGUCGAACACCCAGUGGCAUCCUUUCACCAUCACUUCCUGUCCAUUCGAUCCGUACAUCAGCGUGCACGUUCGUCAAGUGGGUGACUUUACGCGCGCGCUCGGAAACGCACUGGGUUGCGGUCCUGCACAGGCGAAGGAUCUGGAGGGCCUCGACCCGAUGGGGAUGUAUGAGAUUGCGGUGCAGAACGGUCAGAAAAUGCCCAAGCUACGCAUCGACGGGCCUUACGGAGCGCCGGCCGAGGAUGUCUUUGACAAUGAGAUCGCCGUCCUGAUCGGAACCGGAAUCGGUGUGACGCCGUGGGCGUCGAUCUUGAAGAACAUCUGGCACCUGCGCUCAGGACCCAAUCCGCCGAAGCGGUUACGGCGAGUCGAGUUCAUCUGGAUCUGCAAGGACACGAGCUCGUUCGAGUGGUUCCAGGCGUUGCUGUCCUCGCUGGAGCAACAGUCCGCCUCAGCCGCGACGAGCCAGGGCGGGCCCGAGUUCCUGCGCAUCCACACUUACCUCACCCAGCGCCUGGACCAGGACACGGCGACGAACAUCUACCUCAACUCCGUCGGGACGGACGUCGACCCGCUGACGGAGCUGAAGAGCCGCACCAACUUUGGCCGACCGGACUUCAAGCGACUGUUUCUGGCCAUGCGGCAGGGGCUGAUCGACCAGACGUAUCUGACGGGGCUGGAGGCUAACAUCACCACCGAGGUGGGAGUGUACUUCUGUGGACCGAACGCUGCGGCCCGGCAGAUCAAGAAGGCGGCCAAGGAGGUGUCGACGCGGGAGGUCAAGUUCAAGUUCUGGAAGGAGCAUUUCUAG